AUGGGUGUCUGUUUUGUAUGUGAUACAAAAUUGUAUGGUGAACGUACACGGGUGUGUUCAAGCAUUACAACACAUAGUAAUGUAACUUACACAGAAAAAAUUGCUGAGCUCUUAGGAUAUGAUGCUGUGGUUAUUGUAACCCCUGCUGAUCAUAUGUGCAAGAAAUGUAACUCAUUUUUGACUUUCAUAGACAAGACGGAAAAUGAUCUGAAACUAUCAUAUAAUAAAAAACAAACUCACGAAUUUUAA